UCAUUGGGAACAACCAUGGAGGAAGAGAAAAUUGCUUCAUCUGAUGAACCAGUCAUCAACUAUAGAGGAGUCAAGGCCAUGCCAUUUAUCAUAGGAAAUGAGACCCUUGAGAAGCUUGGGACAAUAGGUACUUUAUCAAACUUGAUGGUUUAUCUCACCACUGUCUUCAACAUGAAGAGUGUCACGGCUGCAACGGUUAUCAACAUUUUCCAUGGCACCACAAACAUGGCAACCUUGCUUGGAGCCUUCCUCUCUGAUUCAUACCUGGGACGCUAUAAGACCUUGGUUUUCGCUUCCAUGUCCUCUUUCUCGGGGUUGAUAGUGAUAAUGCUAACUGCAGCAAUCUCCAAACUGCAUCCACCACAUUGUGACACAAAACACAUUGACACAUGUGUUGGUCCCUCAACUUGGCAAUUGAUCGUCCUAAUAACCGGUUUUAGCCUUCUGAUAAUCGGAGCUGGUGGAAUCCGGCCAUGUAACCUAGCCUUUGGGGCCGACCAGUUCAAUCCGGGGACUGAAUCCGGGAAAAGGGGCAUCAACAGCUUCUUCAAUUGGUACUACUUCACAUUCACAUUUGGCGUGAUGGUGGCUGUUACAUUCAUAGUGUAUGUGCAAAUUGAAGUGAGCUGGGCCAUUGGUUUGGCCAUUCCAACAUGCCUCAUGUUAAUCUCGUGUCUACUUUUCUUUUCGGGUUCAAAAUUAUACGUUAAAGUGAAACCUGAGGGAAGCCCUUUGACAAGUGUGGCACAAGUGGUGGUUGCAGCCACCAAAAAUCGACGGUUAAAGCUGCAAAACCACCCAUCUCUUUGUCUCUUCAACCAUAUUCCAUCUAAUUCUAUCAAUUCCAAACUUCCUCACACAAAUCAAUUCAGGUUCCUAGACAAGGCUGCAAUUAUAAGUGGUGAAGACCUGAUUAACUCUGAUGGAUCAGCCAUGAAUCCAUGGAGAUUGUGCAGCAUACAACAAGUUGAGGAGGUAAAAUGUGUAAUGAGAGUGGUUCCGAUAUGGGCAUCAGCCAUAAUCUACUACGUCGCGAUGGUCCAACAAAACACCUAUGCAGUCUAUCAAGCCCUGCAAUCCGACAGACACCUAGGUAGCAGUUUUGAGGUACCGGCAGCAUCUUAUGUGGUAGUCUCAAUGCUGACUCUCACCGUCUGGAUUCCCAUCUAUGACCGGAUGUUGGUUCCUUGUCUUCGGAAGAUAACUGGCAAAGAAGGAGGAAUUACACUUCUCCAGAGAAUGGGUAUUGGAAUUGCUCUCUCAGUGUGCACUAUGCUUGUCUCUGCCCUGGUUGAACAGAGGAGGAAACACAUUGCCCUUACAGGGCCAACACUAGGCAUUGCACCGAGAGGAGGUGGUAUAUCAUCCAUGUCUGCAUUGUGGCUCAUUCCUCAACUAGCACUUGUUGGACUAACUGAAGGUUUCAAUUCCAUAGGCCAGAUUGAGUUUUAUUAUAAGCAGUUCCCGGAGAACAUGAGAAGCAUCGCGGGGUCUUUCUUCUUCUGUGGCAUGGCUUGUUCGAGUUAUCUGAGUGGGUUUUUGGUCUCUGUUGUGCACCGAGUCACGGAUGGUGGUCCGACAGGGGAAUGGUUGCCGGAGGAUCUUAACAAGGGGAAGCUGGAUUACUUCUAUUACAUGAUUGCUGGUAUGGGAGUCCUCAAUUUUGGGUACUUUUUGGUUUGUGCUAAGUGGUACAAAUAUAAGGGUGUUGGUGGUAACAGCUUUGAGAUGGCCAUGGAAACAAAGCAAUCUGAGAAGACCAUUGUUGUUUGAAUGUGUAACUUUGUAUGGAAUCAUAUGUUAACAAAUUAUGUGAACUCAGAUUAGCAUAUGGGAAGGUAUAGGAUAGAAUGCUAACAUUCAAAAGUAAGGACAAUGUAGCAGUAUUUAUUGGAGUUAUUUGUGUGCCUAAGUUUCAUUUCUGAAAUUA